AUGGACGCAUCAUGUCUGCUUCCGGAGCAAAUACCGCUUCCUCCCAGUCCAACGGAGCCUGCUGGCCACAGUAACGAUGUUGCGACCGAAGUCAAACAACACCCCCAGAAGCUCGAGGACGUCACGAUAAACUCGUCGCUAUCCCUACCCAUUCAACAACCUCUUCGGGACCGAUCUCCAUUUUCGCGGACUCACUUCCGUUCUCGAUCCCUGGCUGGCCCUCCGGGCGCUCCUAUGACUCGUGCACACUCGACCCCAGGGCCCGACUCGCGCGGCCGGUACAUCUUUAUCACCAGUCCUGCGAAGCCACCUAGUCCUCUAGAUCUCUCCAAACGGAGACACAGCCCACUGCGGAUGAACUUCGAGGAGAGUGGAUAUCCCAGCAUGGCAUCUUUGAAUGUGUCGGAGACCAUAUCAGAACACGCAGAGCUCGAUAGUCGCUCCAGAUCCAGCGGUUCUGACUUGGAUACUCAAGCCAAUUCUCCUACCUUCCUCACGACCAUGCAUCAUACCUUCCCGCGAGCUGCCCGUCGACGGCCAUCCUCUCCUCUAUUUCCACCUGCGAUCAACACCAGUGGUCCAUACACGAGCAGCCCGGUGCCGACACAGUCCUCUCCAGUCACAUUAGGAGCCAAAUACAACGAGGCCUUUCCGAGUUAUUCGACCUCGUCAGGAUCAUCCGUCCCGUCAACUCCCACGAGCAUACGCUCCCGUAGCCCGAGCAUUUCUUCUCUGGAAACGAUCCCUGACAUACCCGACGCGGAAGCAGCUGCCACGGAAGCUGACCGCAUUGACAGUCUGAAAGCUGCCAAUGACAGAGCUGAUACAACUGCCGACACAACCAGGCUGCGCGGGUGGCCCGAUACCUCGGGGUCUUCUAACGGCGUAGGUAACAUGCGCACCGGGUUAGGAGGCUACGGCGUGAGGACCGAUAAACGGAAGCGUUGGAGUGUCUGUGGAGCAGAAAGACGACAAGAUCUCGAUCUGGAGACUAUCUGGGAAGAUUAA